AUGGAAGAAACACAAAAAGGAACGCGCAUAGGGCCGCUGCCUGGGGGACGCCGGGGCGCAUCUGAAGCUGGCGCUGGACGCGGCAGCAUGCGGGCUGCCAGCCGAGCGCGAGGAGCUGCACGAUCACCAAGCAGCCCCUCGCAUCCAUCAUCCCCACCAGAAGGCUUGGUGUCGGCUUGGUCUUCUCGGACCCAGCAAGCGGCACCCGCCGCUGGUGGAGCACGUCGCAUGCGUUGGACAAAAUCCAUGAACGAAAACGCAUUGCGGGCGUACUAUAGGGCGAAAGGGGAAGAAACUGUGGGAAUAGCGUAUAGGUCUCGGAUGCAUUGCUUUUUUGCUGAGCUGGAGCCGUCUAUCCCCGUCACGGAACAAAACCUGGCAGACCGAGUUCGGUAUAUCAUGCGCUCGAAAAUAUUUGAUGAUGCCGAACUCGAACGACUACGACGUGAGGCUAUUCCGUCUUCGAAUGAAUCGGCUAUGGCUGGAGAUGCAGCUCCACAUUCGACAGACCAGCAUCCACACGUGGAAGCCGCCAUGGAUCUUCCAGUUGUGGUUGAUUCGAACGACGAUGAAAUAGUCUCCCACGAACUAGAGCAAAUGAGGAGUAUAUUGGAAGAGGCGAUUUUGGAAACGCGCGGCACCCCCUCUCGAAAAUCGACCGCGACUUCCCCGCAUACCCUUAAGCAAGCGAAAUCGGGCUGUCGUGAGGGCUCUUAA